AUGUAUCCGCAACAAACUUUUAAGGCCUACUCUUACUCACCAUUCCAGGAUGAGGCUAUUGAGCUUGCUGCGCGUAAAGUUGCUGCUGUGUCGGGCGAUGCACGACGUGCUUUGGACAUUUGUCGUAGAGCGCAUGAGAUUGCAAAAGAUGAAGGUGCCGAUCAAAAUUCUAAAAAAAAAGGACCUGUCAGCAUGCAGCAUAUCGAUAUAGCUCUAAAAGAAAUGUUUACUACACCAAAAGUUCAAGCGAUUUGUUUCGCCACGUCCAUAUAUGAGAAGCUGUUUCUUCGCGCUGUCAUUGCUGAAUUCAAGGCCCGAGCAUCUGAAGAAGCUUUCCUGGGUAAUUGCAUUCUUCAGAUGAAUGCACUCUGUCGAAUGGAAGGUGCGUUACUCUGCCCUCAUCUAAGUAAUUAA